GGAGAUCUAGACAUAUGUUAACCAGUUGGGGACCGUAUAGCAGCGCUACACUGUGCGAAACAAAAAGCGGACAAAUCCAGUAGAGAAAAAUUCAUCAUUCGGUGAACUAUACAAGUGAAAAGAAAAGCAACGAAAAAAAAAGCGACAGGGAGUGAGUGGAGCCCAGUGACUUUGUGUUGCGUCGAGGGGUUGAAAGAGAGAAGGGCCAGAGCCAAUAGGAGGUCGAGCGGCACAAGAUCAAAGGAAAAGAGAGGCAACCAAUGAGCGGGCCGGUUUUGGCGGAUGGCCGCCGGAAACUUGCGUCAAGUGUAGACGCCCAAUCCUGUGGCCUGUGCAGUGCGGUCUGACGUCCAGCUCUUGACGGCGGCAACUCAGGAGGGGCGGAGUUUGUGGUUGGAAGGGAGAAAUCACGCUCGGCGGAACACAGCAUUUGCCCCCGUUUAGACCGGGAACGCCAAAAUGAAUUUUAUAAAAAAAUACCUGGAAUAAGGUGAGAAAGAAAAAAAAAAACCAGACUUGCCUUGGCAACAGCGUAUAGUGCAUUACUAGCAGCUGGCGUUGUCUAACAUUAGUCGAAUAACUGGGCGAGUCAGCAGGCUGGUCAACGGCGAAACAAGUGUGAAGUUUGGAGCCGGCCACGGCGGUGGCGGCUCGAGUCACGGCAACUUUUUGAGAGCUGAUGUGGGAGGGGUUUGGCGUGAAUGUAGCCCACCCACUGGAAAACAGUGUGGGUGAUGAAGCCAUGAGACUUCAUAUGCGGUGACUGGGGAGCCAGAGUCCCGAAAGCCCGUAUCCAAUUUUUGAAGCGGCCAAGCUGGGAUGUGGCGGAGGUGAGAUCGGGGAGCUAGAGAUAGUCAGAACUUGCUCUGCCACUUGACAGUCUCAUUGCGACCGUCGAUUCUCCAUCACCACCAGCGCGUGCAUCACGAGCAGCAUCUUACGAUUUUAACGAAUCGAAAGUUUGAGUAGGUAAAUCGGAACUCGACCGGAAGGCAGACCAACAUGGACAGAAAUAACCAAAAUGAGUCUCGGGAUUGUUCUGAUGGCGAUUCUCCGAUCCAUCCUAUUCAAGAUGUCCUGGGGAACAGCCGACGAGACUACGAGCGCCAGCAUCCAGUGAGCCGGACUCCAUCUCCGUGUCUGUCCAACACAACGUCGACGUCAACUUCGUCGUGCGACAUGGAUCAACAACAGCGUCACUGCGAUAAGCUGUUGGGAAACGGACAACCGCAACAACCGCAACACGCGCACAACUACGUUUCUCUUUACGGGCCUCAAUCUACUGCGUCAUCAUCCGCAACCGGCUAUCCGCCUCUUCCGUUCCCCAUCCCAGUGCUGGGAGGAUCCUUUCAGCUGCCGAUGCCCAUGUCCUACGCAAUGGGAUCGACUGGCAAGACCAGCCAUCAUUCCCAGCAUCCGCAGUAUCCCAACGGAGUGACGGUCUCCACUAGUGGUGGCAUCACGACUCCGAGUAACAGCGGCAGCAGCAACAGCAACAUCACCACUGUCAGCACAAUGGGAGUUCCGUCCAGGCCGGUCGAGAACAAUGGAGCCAGCAGUAAGAAUGCCAUUCCCGGAUUGACUUGUCUCGUCUGCGGCGAUUCCAGCUCAGGAAAACAUUACGGCAUUUUAGCUUGCAAUGGAUGCAGCGGAUUUUUCAAGCGGAGCGUUCGUCGCCGGCUCAUCUACAGGUGUCAAGCUGGUAGCGGCCAUUGUGUUAUUGACAAAGCGCAUCGCAACCAGUGCCAGGCAUGUCGCCUGAAAAAAUGUCUACAAAUGGGAAUGAACAAAGACGGUAAGCCGUGGUCUACCGUUGUGGUGGUGGUACAUUGGUGUUUUGUUUGUAUUUUGUUACUGUUGAUUGUUUCCCUUUUUGGUCUCCAUAUUGCAUCGUUGCUCUUCGCAGCUGUUCAAAACGAACGUCAGCCCCGUAACAGCGCCACUCUUCGACCGGAAAUUCUGGCCGAAAUGGAUCACGAGAGGAUCAUUCGAGAAGCUGCCGCAGCUGUCGGAGCUUUCGGGCCUCCAGUUUCGCUGGCCAUGGGUCUUGCCUCGGCCGCUGCUCAUGCGCAUUACGUCAACGGGAUGGUUGGUGGACGAGGAGAUGGACAUCAUUAUCCAGCUGCAGCUUUACACGCCGCCGCUGCCGCUGCUGCCGCCGCAGCCUCUUCAGCAGCAGCGGCUCAACGUGCCGAGAUUGAACGAGAAGAAAUUGACCGUGACCGAGAUUGGUUGACUUGUCCCUCCUACAAAGGUACUUCGUCGGGAGAAGGUGAACGAACUCCUAGCGCCGUUGAAGACAGCCCAUCUCCUUCCGCCCCUCCGCCCAGGAAAUUGGCUCGCAUUGAGGGAGCAUUUCAUCAGCAUUUCGGCGUCAAUCAGUUUCGUCGAUCGCCGUCACCUCAGCACAUCCAACAACAAUCCAUUCCUCCCCCCCUGCCAUCAUCAUCCCUUCCUUCCAUCUCACACUCACAACCACCGCCUCUUACCCCGGUUGUUCCAGGCCCAAUGCCGCCCCUCUCUUCGAUUGUUUCCAGCGGCAGCGCUGGAUGGUAUCAGAACGAAAAUCAGCAGCAACACAAGCAGCAACAACAACAACAAACAUCUACUGCGACAUUCCUCUCCACUUUCCAACCGCAGGACAAUAUUUAUGAAACAGCGGCACGCUUGCUCUUCAUGGCUGUCAAGUGGGCUAAAAGUUUGCCCUCUUUUGCUGGACUACCUUUCCGCGAUCAGGUCAUUCUACUGGAAGAAUCGUGGAGCGAAUUAUUCCUCAUUUGCGCAAUACAGUUCUGUUUACCAAUGGACAACAAUCCGCUGUUUUCACUGGCCCACUUCAAUCAGCCACACUCGGCAACUUUAGGCUGUGGCAAUGGCGGUGGAAAUAACGGAGGAACCAACAACAAAAAUUCACAGCAAACUGGGACUGAUUUGCGCUUUCUGGCGGAGCUAGUUACGCGUUUCCGCGUGGUCGCUGUUGAUCCAGCUGAAUUUGCAUGCCUCAAGGCUAUCAUCCUAUUCAAGUCAGAAACCCGUGGACUGAAGGAUCCAAUACAGGUUGAGAAUCUACAGGAUCAGGCGCAAGUGAUGUUAAAUCAGCACAUCCGCAAUCAGCAACCGCAGCGGCCUGCUCGUUUCGGUCGACUUCUUCUCACACUUCCUCUGCUUCGUCACGUUACAGCCCACCGAUUGGAACAGUUGUAUUUUCGCCACACCAUCGGCUCCACUCCCAUGGAAAAGGUUCUCUGCGAUAUGUACAAAAAUUAAAUUCCAUUCUCUGGUGUUGCUUGUAUGGGAAUGACCGACGGGCUGACCCGGGAUCCUCAGUAUAUUACCUACUCCUAAAAAGCUAUGUGUGCAAUCUCACAUCCCUGGCAGGGUAAAAUCAUUUUUUUCUUAAAAAUAUUAGGGUGAAAAUAGAACCAAUAAAACUCGAGUGCAAUCGUCAAACUAAGUCAACGUUCGCCAUCACAUAGAUAUUUUUCUUCUUUCAAUCGUAUUUAAUGGUUUAUGUUAACUAUAUAGCUUUACGUAUUACUAACUGACUUAGAUUUCUUUUUUUUGAAGGGCUAACCUGAAAUUGAGAAAAAUGUUUUAGUUUGCUUUAAUAGAAAUGUGUUCCAAGUAUAUGCUUGUCUGUCUUGCUCGUUACUGUUAAAAUAAUAGAUAGCCUACGAUUCAAUACAGUCGUCAACGUACAA